AUGUUUGGUCCUAUGGUGUGCUGCUGUGGGAGAUUUUUUCACUCGGUCGGAUGCCGUAUACAGAAGUGCACAACGAUGACCUGGUUGCUUAUCUGCAGCAAGGCAAUCGCAUGGAGCAGCCCAAGUUUGCGCCAAAAGACAUGUUCGUUUACGUUUUUCAGCCUUUCAAAAGAAUUUGCUCACAUUAGUGUUCGGAGAAGUGAAGGGCCGCGCGAGCAGCUUCUAGUGCAGCUCUAG